UCUCGCUUUUGCCGUUUUCUCUAAACUCUCUCUACCCAUUCUGAAAACUUCACCACAGAGGUACAAAGGAAACCGAUCUGGAAGAAAGCAAACAACACUAUACAUCCAACAAAAACUACCACAUUUGUAAGGACAAAACAUCUGGCUUUUUAUAUAUAGGAUAGGAAGUCGCUGCAGAAGGUAUCAUGGCACUAAAUGUAAAUGAUCCACUUGCACUAUUAAGAGCGAAACUGGAAAGGGUGCGGCUUGAGACUCCCGAAAUUCCUGUGGCCAAUCUGGGACUUUUUAAAGACGUUCCAGAUUUAAGGGAACUUUUGGAUGAAGAAAAGAAGGAUUUUAGGGAUGAUGAAUACCUGGAACAAGAGGGAUUUUACAUCGACAAGUCAGAUUUGGACUUUCUGGCCAAGUUUGGUAGAGUAGUUAUGCCUAUGUUGUCUCAUGGCUUUGACACUUGUGGAAUAGUAGGCUUAUUUAUACUAGCUUACAAUCUUAGGGUGCCCAACACAGUAGGAGAAGGGAUGGUUUUCGAACAUAUAAACCCACAUCACGCAAUUUAUGAUUUUGCCGGAGAAAUUGUCCCAAAUGUUCAAUAUUCAGGAAGAGCACCACCAGCUGCCUAUGAGCCUACUAUAGAUCCAGUGAAGGAGGCAAUAUUCUACUGCUAUAUUGCUGCUAGUACACUAAGAUUGUUCUCUAAAUCAGUAGAGAAUUAUGUGCAUGCUUGGGACAACAUAGUGAACAAGUUCAGCAGCUUCUAUGGAUUCGUACCCCCUCGGGCUAUAAUGCCUCCAACUAUUCAAUCCUUGACUGGUCUACAAACAGCAUUUUCCGCAGACACUCGUAUGAGAAUGACAUUAUACAAAAUCCUCUAUCAUGCAAAGAGAGAUCAAAGCUUGGAUGGGCUGAGGAGGUUCUUAUAUGAGAUGCAUCUGACGAAUACAGGAGUCCAUGCGGUAGGGAUUUUUGCCAACUUAGUCAGUAUCCUGAACAUGGAAAGCGGAUAUAUUCUAAAGACAAUGCAUACUGCCAUGUUUGAGAGACAGUUUGAAGCUUUAAAGCGUAUGACCAGAAUGGCGACGUCUACUGAGCCCCAUUAUACAAAAAAGAUGUGGAGAUUCGGAAGAAUAUUCGACCACAACUUCAUGUCAAGCUUACAGACAAAAGCUUGCCCAAAGUUUGUCUACAUCUUGGCCAGUAUGUUGAAACAAGAGGAUCCAGCCAAAUUUCAGAACAUAACCCGAAUUUUUCAUUUCAAUCAUCUGAGUGAGGAUGCAAAGAUGAGAUGCGAAACAGUAGCAAAAGCACUACUGAAACAAAUCCGUGAAGGCCAACCCCAAGUGCCCCCGACAGAGAUGUAAAUCAUGGUAAUUUUGAGUACAAACAAGGAGGAUUUUAAAUACUAAUUUUAUUAAAACAAUUCUAAAUUUAUAUUU